AAUCUGACAGAUGACAGAUAGUAUGUUUACUAACCUUUCUUAAAUUGUGUUUACCCUCGCUUUUUAAAACUUUACCUUCCGCUUAAAUUUUAAUUAAUUAAUUAAUAAAUAAUUACUUAUUUAUCUUUUUUUAAAACAAACUAAGUAAAAGUGAUGACAUGACCAUGAACCUACGAAAAACUUAACCUCUAAAUGAGUCAACAACGUAUUUCUUUUCUCUACGCAAUGAUUCAUAGUUAUUUUUACUUGAUUAAUGAUAAAGCGUAGUCCUAUAAGAUUAAAUUUAGUUAUCUGAUAAGAUGUGUAGUCCAAGCCAAUAUUUUGAGGAUGCCAUAGCGUAUGCUAGAAGAGCUGUAGAAUUUGAUCAAAAUGGGCAAGUAGAGCCUGCGAUUUAUUUUUAUAGAGUAUCCGCGAAAUUAUUAGAAAACGCUGCUGACGAGUGCGAAGAGAGAAAAGAAACUUAUUUAUUAAAAUCAGAAGAGUACAAAAACAGGGCUUUAACACUCGAAGAAAUGAAAAAGAAUCAAGCUGAGGAUUGCAGCGAUGAAGUUAAACAACUUCAAAAAAGGUACAAAUUCUUAGUGCAACAAGCUUUAGAUGCGGAUUCGGCAGGUUUAAAGGAUACGGCAGUGAAUUUAUAUACAAACGCAGUGGAAUGUGUGACGAAACAUCCGGAGUUAAUGAAAGAUUUUAAGGAUUUAACUUUGAAAUGUUUGGAAAGAGCCGAGGAAUUAAAAGGUAUUAAAAGGGAAAGUCCCACAACAUCAAAACAACAAGAUGAAAGUCCAAAUGAUUCCAAAAUUUAUACACAAAGCAAUCAAAAGUCUUUAUACAGAAGUACAUCAAUUAAUUUAAAAGUUAGUGGUGGAUCUGAAAGUUACACUGACGAAGAAAAACGAGUUUUAUUUCAUACAUCAAAAAUAAACAACAACGAAUUCGUACCUUUCAUGUACAUAGAUUUAUCAGAAAAAUUUCAAUUUGCUAUUCCAUUCACAGAUAAAGACGGAUUUCUUGCACUUUCACCAAAACAAAGACGAGAUUUGCAUAAAUGGGUUCGACCCGAUGAAAUAUCUAAAGAACCCACGAUAUUAUUUGGUGAUUUUCCCAGUUAUUUCAGCAUCAAACAAACUAUAGUAUCAGAUUGUUCAUUCGUUGCCAGUUUGGCUGUUAGUGCUUCUUAUGAAAGAAGAUUUGGAAAGAAAUUGGUCACUGCUAUUAUUUAUCCACGAUCUAAAGAUAAAAAACCACUCUACAAUCCUUUUGGUAAAUAUAUGAUUAAAAUGCACAUAAAUGGGAUUACAAGAAAAGUUAUUAUUGAUGAUUAUUUACCAAUUAGUAAAUAUGGACAAUUGUUGUGUUCUUAUUCAAGUAAUAAAAAUGAAUUUUGGGUUUCUUUAUUAGAAAAAGCUUAUAUGAAAGUUAUGGGUGGUUAUGAUUUUCCAGGAAGUAAUAGUAAUAUAGAUCUUCAUGCUUUAACUGGUUGGAUACCAGAACGUGUUGGAAUUCGUAACAAAGAUCCUGAUUUCAACAAAACCAGUCUUUUCAACACCCUCGAAACGAGACUUUCAAAAGGAGAUGUUUUAGUUUCUGUAGCUACCGGAGAAUUAUCAGAUGCAGAAGCUGAAAGAACGGGUUUAGUGGCAACUCAUGCUUAUGCUGUAUUGGAUGCAAGGACUAUUGAUGAUGUCAGAUUGUUACAAUUAAAAAAUCCUUGGUCCCAUUUGAGAUGGAAAGGAAACUAUUCCGAAUUAGAUAUAAGACACUGGACGCCACAAUUACAAAAAACCUUAAAUUACGAUCCAAAUAGUGCUGCUGCUUUUGAUAAUGGGGUAUUUUGGAUUGAUUUUGAUAGCAUUUGUGCGUUUUUUGAUGUUUUUUAUAUGAAUUGGAACCCAGAAUUAUUUAAAUAUACUUAUUGUAUACACGAAUCUUGGAAUGCAGGUAGAGGUCCAAUAAAAGAUCUUUACACAAUUGGACAAAACCCGCAAUACACUUUAGAAGUAAAUCCGGAUACUCAAGGUGCCGUUUGGGUUUUAUUAACACGUCAUAUAACGGAUAUAGAAGAUUUCCGCGAAAAUCGUGAAUACAUAACACUUUUAGUGUACAAAGGAAACGGAAAAAGGGUUUAUUAUCCCCAUGAUCCGCCCCCUUACAUCGACGGUGUUCGAAUAAAUAGCCCUCAUUAUUUAUGUAAAAUAAUUCUUGGUCCUGGGAGUGGAACAAAAUACACACUUGUCGUAUCGCAAUAUGAAAAGAGUACCACAAUUUACUAUACUUUAAGAGCUUAUGCGACGUGUCCGUUUACGUUAAAUAAAAUUGGCGAUCCAUAUCGAUUUGAAAAAACCGUUUCUGGGGAAUGGAAUGGAUUAAGUGCGGGAGGUUGUGGAAAUCAUGCAACUUAUAAAAAUAACCCGAAAUUUCGAGUCGAUUUAGAUUCUUCUACGAAUAAUAAUAGUUUAUUUAUUGAAUUGAAAGGUCCAAAACAAUUCCCAGUGGGAUUCGAUGUCACAAUUGUUAAUGUUAGUGAUGAAGAUGUAACUGCACCUUUUAAAACUGUUUCUUCAGGAGUUUAUAGACAAGGUUACGUGGUUUUAUCACUUGAAAAUAUCCCUAGAGGAUCUUUAAGUAUUACUCCGUCCACUUUCUUACCAAAUCAGGAAGCACCAUUUAUUUUAUCUGUGAAAUGUUCUGGAUCUAUUAAUAUUACAAGAGAAAGAUAAAAGAUAGUUUUAUUUUUAGUCAGAUUAUUGUAAUUGUAAUGAUUAAGAGUAAUUUAUAUUUGUAUUUAAUAAUUGAAAAUAAAAUUUAUUGUUAUUGCAUUUUAAUAAA